AUGGCAAGUGAUGAGCCACAGAAGUCGUCAGUGAUAGUGACCAGUUUGAUCGUGGUGGUGUCUCGGUUUUUGGUGGUGAUUAAUUUCUCAGAGAAACCCUACUUCCUGCUGCACCCUGUAUUUGGCCAGUGCUUCAGUAGGAACUGGAUGUUCUCUCACUCGCCGCACAAAGCCUUCAAACCCCACCGUGGCUACCUCAGCAUCCCCAACCAGGAGCCGUUGAAGCUGAAUUGUAAGGUUUGCAGUAUAGUGUCCAGCUCUGGCCAGAUGCUGGGCCGAAAAGCAGGAGCUGAGAUCGACCAGUCCUCCUGCAUAUGGAGAAUGAACAGUGCACCCACCCGAGGCUUUGAGAGGGACGUGGGCCACAGAACAGACCUGAGAGUGGUGUCUCACACUAGUGUUCCUCUGCUAAUCCAAAAACCCCAGCACUUCUUUGGCCAGGGGAAUGAGACCGUCAAUGUGGUGUGGGGACCCUUGCGCAACAUGAGGCAGGAUGGCAAGGGCAUUGUGUACAACAUGCUGCGGCAAACGGUGGAAAACUACCCACAUGCACGCAUCUACAUCACCACAGAAGACCGCAUGAAUUAUUGCGACACCGUUUUCAAGCAGGAGACGGGCAAAGACAGGAUUCAGUCUGGGUCAUAUCUCAGCACCGGUUGGUUCACACUCAUUCUGGCCAUGGACAUGUGCAAGGAGAUCCGUGUCUACGUCAUGAUCAAUGACACAUACUGCAAAUCGGAAGGCUACAGGAAGGUACCAUACCAUUACUAUGAAGCAGGAAGUCGUGAUGAAUGUCCCGAAUACCUCUUGCACGAGAGCGCCCCUUAUGGUGGACAUCGGUUCAUCACAGAGAAGGCUGUUUUUGCAAAGUGGGCUAAGACAAACCCCAUCAAGUUUUUCAGUCCGGAGUGGCAGCUGUUAUGACCAAGACUUCCUUUCUUUCAGAAUAUCCCCUGAUACUACAGCUCUGUUGGCUCGUUCCUCCUGCAUCGUAAAGUAAUGCUCACAAAAUGUGCCACGCAAUGGCUAAACUAAUCAUUCCAAUUGCAGUUUCUAAUAGCAGUUGUCUGAGUGAAGUAAGUCCCAUCGUGACUAUGAGGAGAGGAUUCUAAUGAACCUUGUGUAGAUCCUGAUGUGAUCAAAUAGUGUAUUUUACAUGUUCUCAUUUUAUACUCAUUUACAAUCAAGUAGUGAAGUUUUUUUCAGAGCACACGUAUUUCAGAAAAAAUCUACAAAGAAUGCCACAUCCUUGCUUUAGCUUUCAUCACCUCAAAUGGGCUCAAUUUAAUUAUUCAUAAACUUUUACAGUAGGUAUAGAAAAGAAUCCAAGUGAAA